CCUCUUCCAACCUGGCAUGCAUCAUAGAUUUUUGGGGGUUGAAGACGAUGAAGAUGCGGGGUUUUUUGGUGAAGACGCCAGUUAUCCGAUAUGUGCUCCGUCGCCGCCGUUCGUCGACGGAUUACCGGCGGGAGAAGUCCGUCUGCUCGGUUUUUAGUCGGCUGAAGACCAAAGCAAAGGCGAUCUGCGGCUCCUUGGGUUGGUCCCGGAAUUUUGAAGAGAAGCCGGCGGUGGCGGUGCCGCCUAAAGGCCAUAUGGCGGUGUACGUCGGCCAGGAAGACGGCGACUUCAAGAGGAUUCUGGUGCCGGUAAUAUACUUCAACCACCCUUUGUUCGGCGAGCUGCUUAGGGAGGCGGAAAACGAAUUCGGGUUCAGUCAUCCGGGCGGGAUCACCAUUCCUUGCCGGAUCUCGGAGUUUGAGCUGGUCCAGACCCGGAUCAAGCAAGGUACAGGCUGCCGGAAAAUGACUAUCGCCUUGAAAUGAUGCCGGCCAAUGUUUGAUUUGAUUAUGACGGGGACGACCACGACGACAAACAUAUACCUACCAUGAUUAAGAGUUUAUUUUUUCCCCCUUUUUUCUCUUAGACAUGUAAUUGAGGCUUGGACUUGGAAGCCACUAUUGAGCAACAUAUUGUAUAGAUGUACAUAAUUCAA